UGGAAGCUGCGUGGAAGUGUCGACGAAGAGCAACUCAUCUUCAGAGCUCACACGAUUGAAGCAAGCUGUCCGUGGGGAUGGGCACCAGGCUGCCUAUACAAUUCCUAUGUAUUCGAUGCGCCGUUAACGAAUGCCACAUCAGCAAAAAGCGUAAGUCAUCCUGUCGAGAGAUCGUGCAGACGUGCGUCUUCCACUGCAUCGACCACCUAUCAGAACGAAAGGAGCCUUGAACGUUUGUGUGCCGCCAAUAUACUGGAGAGUUUCCUGCUAAUUAAUCUAUCUCACAGUGGUGAUUGUACGUUUACCGACUGGACGAAGGUUAUCUUUUUCCUAGAGAUGUGGCGAGCACAUGGGGCUAGCCACAUAUUUAUGUACUAUCACUCCUCAACGCAUAAUGUCCGCCAAGUGCUACGGCAUUACGAACGAGAGGUAUGGACUUUUGAUUUGACCUUGGCGAUUAAGCAGAAUUACAAAAAUAAAGACAAUUGGUUUCAGGGUUUUGUUACAGUGAUCAGUUGGCCGUUACUUCCACGCUUCUCCAACAUCGAUCCAAAUCUUUCUGUGUACCGUCUCGCACAUUCGCUCGCCCAUAACGAUUGUGUACAAAGAAUUAACAGCGAGUUCGGAGCGCUGGUCGACAUUGAUGAACUCAUUGUGCCAAGGUAA